AUGGACCCUUAGUCAAAUUAAAAUGUUCCCUCAAUCGUGGAGGAAAAAAUAACUAAGCACAAUGGUGACAUUCAAAUACGCUAGUACCUCAAAGGCAAAUUCUUAGGUAAAGGAGGUUUCGCGAGAUGCUAUGAAUUUACUAACCAAGAAACAAAUGCAGUUUGCGCAGCAAAGGUAGUAGUUAAAGCUUCCUUGACAAAAAGUAGAGCGAAAUAAAAGUUGAUGAGUGAGAUCAAGAUUCACAGGUCAAUUCGCCACCAGCACGUUGUCCAAUUCUAGCACUUCUUCGAGGACGCAGAAAAUGUCUAUAUUUUGCUUGAAUUGUGCCAGAACCAAAGUUUGAAUGAGUUGCUAAGAAGAAGAAAGAGGUUACACGAGCUUGAAGUAUUAUGCUAUUCAAGCUAGAUCAUCAAUGCGCUCAAGUACCUGCACGCUCACAGGAUUAUUCACAGAGAUUUGAAGCUAGGUAACUUAUUCCUGAAUGAAAAGAUGGAGGUCAAAUUGGGAGACUUCGGGCUGGCUUCCAAAUUAGACUUUGAUGGCGAGAAGAAGCGUACUAUUUGUGGUACUCCAAACUACAUUGCCCCUGAGGUACUUGAGGGUAAAUCAGGCCACUCCUAUGAAGUAGAUGUUUGGUCUCUUGGUGUCAUUAUCUACACCUUAAUAAUCGGAAAGCCUCCCUUUGAAACUUCAGAUGUCAAGACAACUUACAAAAGAAUCAAGAUGAAUGCCUAUAGUUUCCCAGACCAUGUACCGAUUUCAGACGCUGCCAAAGACCUUAUUUCAAAGAUUCUUAUUGGUGAUCCAAGCGCUAGACCGACUCUUGAUGAAAUCCUAAAUCACGAUUUCUUCAGAACUGCUAAUAUUCCAAAGGCUUUGCCACCAUCUUUUCUGGCUUGCCCUCCCUCAAGUCAAUAUAUUAAGUAGCACAUGCCAUAAUUAGCUAAUUACCAAUCAACAUAGAUUCAAUAAAUUCAAAGACUAGAAAGUACAGCCCCAGCAAACAUCGCAAAUCCAUCUGGCUUCUAAACUGGCACCUCAAGACCAUCAGUUCAAUAAAACCCAUCUUAGAAUAUGAUGAUGACUGAUAGAGGAGGAGCUUUCAGAAGACCAAAUCAGCAAUCAUCUGAGAAGUAACUUCCUCAAUCCUAAACAAGACCGAUGAGCUCAGCAGAUAAUUAACCAUAAUUCUAUCCCCCAAGCAUCAAUACAAUUCAAUCGAAUUAAAGGUUACUCUCUGCUCCUUAAAACGUCAAAGCACAGGGUGAUUCAAUCAAACCACCUAAUGUUUGGGUAAAGAAGUGGGUAGAUUAUUCAAGCAAAUAUGGGUUAGGUUACUUAUUAUGUAAUAAUAGCACAGGAGUCUUCUUCAAUGAUUCGACAAAGAUUCUAAUGGAUAUGAAUGGAAAAAAUUUCCACUAUUUUGAAAGAAAAGCAGUUAAUUCAUAAGAAAAGCAGGAUGUAAUGACAACUCACUAACUUUCAGAGUACCCCAAAGACUUAUAAAAGAAAGUGACUCUACUUUAACACUUCAGAUCUUAUCUUGAAAAUACAAAUCAAGCACAAAACAUUCCAGGAUCCUCAGGUCAAAGUUAAGACGUUGAUAUGGUGGAUGACUCCUCAAAGCAACCUUCAAAUGUCUAUGUUAAAAAAUGGAUGAGAACCAAACACGCAAUCAUGUUCAGAUUAAGUAAUAAAAUAGUGCAAGUCAACUUCCAGGACCACACUGAAAUUCUUCUAAACUCCGAGAGCAGAUAAGUUACCUAUGUAAAUAAGAAGGGAGAGCGCUAAACGUUGCCCUUGAAUGCUGCACUUGAAAGUAACAACGCUGAAAUGACUAAAAGACUUAAAUACACCAAAGACAUUCUAACUCACAUGCUAAGCAGCAAUAAUAACCUAGCUUCAGCAAAUGGCACUGGAUCAUCGUAGGUAAAAGGAUAAAAUCAACAGCCACUAAUGAGUGCACAUACUAAAAGAGGAGCAGAGCCACCACUAUCAGAUAUGAGAGGAGGAUUAAGCUCAGGAGUGCCAAGCUCUCAAACCAACAGAAAACCUUUCAAUGUUCUCAAUUGA